AUGACCGAGUCUCGUAUUGUAAAAUUUGAUGAUAGUAUAUUCGAUACCUUGUCGGAUGUCUCCAGCAGUGAUGCAGAACAAGAAUCUAUCCAAAUUUCUUCUAUUGCAGCCGCAGAAGAUAAUAAACAGAUGGACGGUGUCCAAGUUGAUUGUCAUGCAACGGAAAAUUCAGGUGUUUCCUCAAUUCUAAAUCGAGAGAACUUCGUGCAUAAUAAGGAAUCUUCACCAAUCGCAAUACCAUCACGGCGUGCUCUAAAACGAAGUCAUAAAAGAUAUAAGGAAUUCGAAGGUAUGAUGCGAGAUCCCUCUGUUGCACGAUGGUGGAAACGACGCUUUGAUCUGUUUUGGCGCUUCGAUGAGGGUAUUAAAAUGGAUAAAGAAUCCUGGUAUAUUGUUACCCCAGAGGAAGUAGCUAGAAGACAAGCAGAAAUUUGUACCUCAAAUGUUGUUGUGGACGCUUAUGCUGGAGCAGGUGGAAAUACCAUACAGUUCGCUCAAAAAUGCCAAUUUGUUAUUGGAAUUGACAACAAUUUAGAACGUUUGUCUAGUAUUCUACAGCCUAAUACUCGGGUUUAUGGUGUUAAGUCUCGCGUGGAUUGUAUUUGUGGUGAUGUCACUGGGGUCUUGCGGGCUCUGCGAACUGAAUCGAUAUCGGCAAUCGAUACUGUAUUUAUGUCACCCCCUUGGGGUGGACCUGGCUACACAAAAUGUAGCCGACUUCCCCCUGGAUCCUCGUCUUGGAACAAGCGCCGAAGAAGUGAGAUUAUUUUGGAAGAAAUGACCAAUCCCUGUUCAGAAAUCUUUGACAUUGAUGGACAAAUUCCAACAUUGGUGGAUGCCGUUAGUGCAGCGAAAAAUCUAUUUUUGCAUCGACCUUCACCUAGGGUGGCCAUAUACCUCCCACGAAAUUCUUCUCUUGGGCAGCUUCUCAAAUUAGGAUGGAGUGGAGAGAAUUCGGAAGACUCUGCAAAUCGACAUGAGGUUAAAAUUGAGGAAUAUUGGUUAAGAGGGAGACGUAUGGCGCUAUGUGUUUAUAUUGGUGAUUUUGAAAUUCCUGAUGAAGUUUAA